AUGAAGAUCCAGAUUGAUAUUUUCUGCCGUAUCAUUGCAGGAUAUAUCUGGGAAGGCAAAGUCUUGGCCAACAUCUGGUUCUUUAAUCUUGGCUAUAUCUCUGGCAUCAAAGGCCUGGCAUUUGCACAGGACUUGAAACUGGGUAUCUACUGUAAUAUUCCGCCUCGAAAACUAUUCCUCGUCCAGUCAGUGGGUCUUAUUAUCGGUUCUCUGGGUCAAGUCUCCGUCCUCAACUGGGCUCUCAAUCACAUCCCAGAGAUCUGCUCCACAAACGCUCCCAACGGCUUCACGUGCCCCUUCUCUCGCACGCACUUCAACACCAGCAUGGUGUGGGGUGCCCUCGGGCCUCGUAGGUUCUUUGCUGAUGGCGCGAUGUAUCGCUCACUGCUGUGGUUCUUCCUCGUCGGCGCCGUCCUGCCCGUGAUCGUCUACUUGGUCAGAAAGAGAGUCUUCCCCGACACCAAGUGGCUGAAAAAGGUUCACGUUCCCCUCUUCCUCGGCGGACUCAACUACAUUCCCCCGGCGUCGGGAACCAACUACGGCAGCUGGGCGAUUGUCGGCCUCGUUUUUGGCUUGCUCAUCAAGAGAAGGCAGAGGACUUGGUGGAGACGUUACAAUUUCGUUCUCAGUUCAGCGCUGGACUGCUCAGUUGCUAUUGCUGGAAUCGUAAUCUUCUUCGCCAUAUUCUACACCGGGGCUUCCAAGAAGCUUAGUUGGUGGGGUACUGAAGUUCAUAAACACACAUAA